AUGUCGUCCCAGCCAUCAGAUCAGCAACAUGGGUUCCUCAUACCUCCCUGGUUUCAGGAACAACCGGUCAACUCCGAAAACAUGAACCUGGCAUCUAUAUUUCUAGGACUACUGAUGUCUAAUGCCCUCUUCGCUGCCGUUAAGGCGGUUCGACAAACAAUGCGAAUAUGGAAACGCCAGAAAAAGGCUAAUGUAUAUGUCUUCAUGAUAUGGAUGCAUUGGGCAUCCAAUAUAGUGCUGGGUUUCAUCAAUUGGUUCUACAUGAAAGGAAGCAUCCCUCCAAGCUUCUCGCUGUGGUUUGUCAUUUUGAUCAUCUGGGUCGUUCAAACUCAGUUUAUUGUUCAAAUCAUUAUCAAUCGAUUAUCGCUACUCAUGAUGGUGAGGAGGAAUGUAGCACGAUUGAAAUGGGGCACCGCUGCGAUUAUGUCUGUUAUCAAUAUCAGCGUCUUUUGUAUCUGGAUUCCGGCAAGAAUGCAAAUCAACGAAACUUAUAUCCACGUCAACAACAUUUGGGACAGAUGUAAGAAAGUUAUCUUUCUCAUCAUAGACCUUAUGCUGAAUGCGUCUUUCCUUUAUAUGGUCAAUUCGAGGCUUAUCGCCAACGGCCUCACUAAAUACCAUCGAUUAUUCAAACUCAACAUUGUAUACGUCAUUGUCUCCAUCUCCCUCGAUGUUAUAUUCAUCGGGCUGAUGAGCUUACCCAAUGCACUCAUUUACCUGAGUUUCCAGUCGUUCGCAUACAUGUCGAAGCUCCAUAUCGAGAUGAACAUGGCGGAGUUGAUUCGCAAGGUGGUGCAAGCCUCGAACCCGAGUAACGAGAAUCGAAGCCCGUACAAUAAUACGCCGCGAUAUGGUGGGAAAGGAGGCAGCUCAGGGGCGAAGGCGCAGCGCACAUUCCUCGACACCAUCACAAUGGGAGCCGCCGGGCGACACAAUGCUGAGCACCAUGCACACGUCGAGCUUGGCAGUUGUGACGAAGCUGGCCAAGACAGUGACCAGGGCCAUGAACUCGCGGGCAUUCAGCGCACCAUUGUCACUGAGGUGGUACAUACCAAGGCGGCAGACGGCGACGAGGUUAGUACGAGCAGCACCAGCGACUUGAAACACCGAGAGAACCCAUUUGGUUCCUAA